AUGGCGCCCGAGGCUGUAAUGGCGCCACCAGCCACUCACCCGGGACAUGGGAUUGGGGGGCGCCAGGGUUCGGUCACCUGCAGGCGUCGCAUUGACCUACAGGCCACAAGGCCGUCCUCAGGCUGCCUUAUGCCAUGCCCUACGGUCAAAGCGGGUGGCGUCAACGCACAACGUCCUCUGAGGCGCCCGCAAGCGGUCCCGCAUGGCGGGAUGGCCAUGUAG